GGGAACAAUAUCUUGCAGCUAUAGACAUUGUUAAUUCAGUAUUACCAAACAAGUCAAAACCAUUAUUAAGAUUUUUAUCAAACUUGGAUGUAAAUAAUGUCGCUAUUGUAGAGGGAUGUAACUAAUGUGGCUAAUUUUGAGGAGUGUAAAUAAUGUGGCUAUUGUAGAGGGAUGUAAAUGAUGUGGCUAUUGUAGAGGGAUGUAAAUACUGUGGCUAAUGUAGAGGGGUGUAAAUUAUGUGGCUAUUGUAGAGGGAUGUAAAUAAUUUGACUAAUGUUGAGCAAUGUAAAUAAUGUGGCUAUUGUAGAGGGGUGUAAAUAAUAUGGCUAUUGUAGAGGGAUGUAACGAAUGUGGCUAAUGUAAAGGGAUGAAAAUAAUGCGGCUAUUGUAGAGGGAUGUAAAUAUUAUGGCUAUUGUAGGGGGAUCUUACUAAUGUGGCUUAUGUAGAGGGAUGUAAAUAAUAUGGCUAUUGUAGAGGGAUGUAACUAAUGUUGCUAAUGUAGAGGGAUGUAAAUAAUGUGGCUAUUGUAGAGGAUGAAAAUAAUAUGGCAAAUGUGGAGGUAUGUAAAUAAUGUGGCUAUUGUAGAGGGAUGUAAAUAAUAUGGCAAAUGUGGAGGUAUGUAAAUAAUGUGGCUAUUGUAGAGGGAUGUAAAUGAUAUGGCUAUUGUAGAGGGAUGUAACUAAUGUGGCUAAUGUAGAGGGGUGUAAAUAAUGUGGCUAAUGUAGAGGGAUGAAAAUAAUGUGGCUAAUGUAGAGGGAUGUAAAUAAUAUGGCAAAUGUAGAAAGGUGAAAUAAAGUGGCUAAUAUAGAGGGAUGAAAAUAAUGUGGCUAAUUUGGAGGUAUGAAAAUAAUGUGACUAAUGUAGAGGGGUGUAAAUAAUGUGACUAAUGUAGAGGGGUGUAAAUAAUGUUGCUAAUAUAGAGGGAUGUAAAUAAUAUGGCUAUUGUAGAGGGAUAUAACUAAUGUGGCUAAUGUAGAGGGAUGUAAAUAAUGUGGCUAUUGUAGAGGGAUGUAAAUAAUGUGGCUAAUGUAGAGGGAUGUAACUAAUAUGGCUUAUAUAGAGGGAUGAAAAUAAUGUGGCUAAUGUAGAGGGAUGUAAAUAAUAUGGCAAAUGUGGAGGUAUGUAAAUAAUGAAGCUAUUGUAGAGGGAUGUAAAUAAUGUGACUAAUGUUGAGGAAUGUAAAUAAUGUGGCUAUUGUAGAGGGAUGUAAAUAAUAUGGCUAUUGUAGAGGGAUGUAACUAAUGUGGCUAAUGUAGAGGGGUGAAAAUAAUGUGGCUAUUGUAGAGGGAUGUAAAUAAUGUGGCUAUUGUAGAGGGAUGUAACUAAUGUGGCUAAUGUAGAGGGAUGAAAAUAAUGUGGCUAAUGUAGAGGGAUGAAAAUAAUGUUGCUAAUGUAGAGGGAUGAAAAUAAUGUGGCUAAUAUAGAGGGAUGUAAAUAAUAUGGCAAAUGUAGAAAGGUGAAAUAAAGUGGCUAAUAUAGAGGGAUGAAAAUAAUGUGGCUAAUUUAGAGGUAUGUAAAUAAUGUGACUAAUGUAGAGGGGUGUAAAUAAUGUGGCUAAUAUAGAGGGAUGUAAAUAAUGUGGCUAUUGUAGAGGAAUGUAAAUAAUGUGGCUAAUGUAGAGGGAUGAAAAUAAUGUUGCUAAUGUAGAGGGAUGUAAAUAAUAUGGCAAAUGUUGAGGUAUGUAAAUAAUGUGGCUAAUGUAGAGGGAUGUAAAUAAUGUGGCUAUUGUAGAGGGAUGUAAGUAAUGUGGCUUAUGUAGAGGGAUGUAACUAAUAUGGCUUAUAGAGAGGGAUGAAAAUAAUGUGGCUAAUGUAGAGGGAUGUAAAUAAUAUGGCAAAUGUGGAGGUAUGUAAAUAAUGAAGCUAUUGUAGAGGGAUGUAAAUAAUGUGACUAAUGUUGAGGAAUGUAAAUAAUGUGGCUAUUGUAGAGGAAUGUAAAUAAUGUGGCUAUUGUAGAGGGAUAUAAAUAAUAUGGCAAAUGUGGAGGUAUGUAAAUAAUGUGGCUAUUGUAGAGGGAUGUAAAUAAUGUGACUAAUGUUGAGGAAUGUAAAUAAUGUGGCUAUUGUAGAGGGAUGUAAAUAAUGUUGCUAUUGUAGAGGGAUGUAACUAAUGUGGCUAAUGUAGAGGGAUGAAAAUAAUGUGGCUAUUGUAGAGGGAUGUAAAUAAUGUGGCUAAUGUAGAGGGAUGUAACUAAUGUGGCUAAUGUAGAGGGAUGAAAAUAAUGUGGCUAAUGUAGAGGGAUGAAAAUAAUGUGGCUAAUGUAGAGGGAUGUAAAUAAUAUGGCAAAUGUAGAAAGGUGAAAUAAAGUGGCUAAUAUAGAGGGAUGUAAAUAAUGUGGCUAUUGUAGAGGGAUGUAAAUAAUGUGGCUUAUGUAGAGGGAUGUAACUAAUGUGGCUAAUGUAGAGGGGUGAAAAUAAUGUGGCUAUUGUAGAGGGAUGUAAAUAAUGUGGCUAUUGUAGAGGGAUGUAACUAAUGUGGCUAAUGUAGAGGGAUGAAAAUAAUGUGGCUAAUGUAGAGGGAUGAAAAUAAUGUUGCUAAUGUAGAGGGAUGUAAAUAAUAUGGCAAAUGUAGAAAGGUGAAAUAAAGUGGCUAAUAUAGAGGGAUGAAAAUAAUGUGGCUAAUUUAGAGGUAUGUAAAUAAUGUGACUAAUGUAGAGGGGUGUAAAUAAUGUGGCUAAUAUAGAGGGAUGUAAAUAAUGUGGCUAUUGUAGAGGAAUGUAAAUAAUGUUGCUAAUGUAGAGGGAUGAAAAUAAUGUUGCUAAUGUAGAGGGAUGUAUUUAAUAUGGCAAAUGUUGAGGUAUGUAAAUAAUGUGGCUAAUGUAGAGGGAUGUAAAUAAUGUGGCUAUUGUAGAGGGAUGUAAAUAAUGUGGCUUAUGUAGAGGGAUGUAACUAAUAUGGCUUAUAGAGAGGGAUGAAAAUAAUGUGGCUAAUGUAGAGGGAUGUAAAUAAUAUGGCAAAUGUGGAGGUAUGUAAAUAAUGAAGCUAUUGUAGAGGGAUGUAAAUAAUGUGACUAAUGUUGAGGAAUGUAAAUAAUGUGGCUAUUGAAGAGGAAUGUAAAUAAUGUGGCUAUUGUAGAGGGAUAUAAAUAAUAUGGCAAAUGUGGAGGUAUGUAAAUAAUGUGGCUAUUGUAGAGGGAUGUAAAUAAUGUGACUAAUGUUGAGGAAUGUAAAUAAUGUGGCUAUUGUAGAGGGAUGUAAAUAAUGUUGCUAUUGUAGAGGGAUGUAACUAAUGUGGCUAAUGUAGAGGGAUGAAAAUAAUGUGGCUAUUGUAGAGGGAUGUAAAUAAUGUGGCUAAUGUAGAGGGAUGUAACUAAUGUGGCUAAUGUAGAGGGAUGAAAAUAAUGUGGCUAAUGUAGAGGGAUGAAAAUAAUGUGGCUAAUGUAGAGGGAUGAAAAUAAUGUGGCUAAUGUAGAGGGAUGUAAAUAAUAUGGCAAAUGUAGAAAGGUGAAAUAAAGUGGCUAAUAUAGAGGGAUGUAAAUAAUGUGGCUAUUGUAGAGGGAUGUAAAUAAUGUGGCUUAUGUAAAGGGAUGUAACUAAUGUGGCUAAUGUAGAGGGGUGAAAAUAAUGUGGCUAUUGUAGAGGGAUGUAAAUAAUGUGGCUAUUGUAGAGGGAUGUAACUAAUGUGGCUAAUGUAGAGGGAUGAAAAUAAUGUGGCUAAUGUAGAGGGAUGAAAAUAAUGUUGCUAAUGUAGAGGGAUGUAAAUAAUAUGGCAAAUGUAGAAAGGUGAAAUAAAGUGGCUAAUAUAGAGGGAUGAAAAUAAUGUGGCUAAUUUAGAGGUAUGUAAAUAAUGUGACUAAUGUAGAGGGGUGUAAAUAAUGUGGCUAAUAUAGAGGGAUGUAAAUAAUGUGGCUAUUGUAGAGGAAUGUAAAUAAUGUUGCUAAUGUAGAGGGAUGAAAAUAAUGUUGCUAAUGUAGAGGGAUGUAUUUAAUAUGGCAAAUGUUGAGGUAUGUAAAUAAUGUGGCUAAUGUAGAGGGAUGUAAAUAAUGUGGCUAUUGUAGAGGGAUGUAAAUAAUGUGGCUUAUGUAGAGGGAUGUAACUAAUAUGGCUUAUAGAGAGGGAUGAAAAUAAUGUGGCUAAUGUAGAGGGAUGUAAAAAAUAUGGCAAAUGUGGAGGUAUGUAAAUAAUGAAGCUAUUGUAGAGGGAUGUAAAUAAUGUGACUAAUGUUGAGGAAUGUAAAUAAUGUGGCUAUUGAAGAGGAAUGUAAAUAAUGUGGCUAUUGUAGAGGGAUAUAAAUAAUAUGGCAAAUGUGGAGGUAUGUAAAUAAUGUGGCUAUUGUAGAGGGAUGUAAAUAAUGUGACUAAUGUUGAGGAAUGUAAAUAAUAUGGCAAAUGUUGAGGAAUGUAAAUAAUGUGGCUAUUGUAGAGGGAUGUAAAUAAUGUUGCUAUUGUAGAGGGAUGUAACUAAUGUGGCUAAUGUAGAGGGAUGAAAAUAAUGUGGCUAUUGUAGAGGGAUGUAAAUAAUGUGGCUAAUGUAGAGGGAUGUAACUAAUGUGGCUAAUGUAGAGGGAUGAAAAUAAUGUGGCUAAUGUAGAGGGAUGAAAAUAAUGUGGCUAAUGUAGAGGGAUGUAAAUAAUAUGGCAAAUGUAGAAAGGUGAAAUAAAGUGGCUAAUAUAGAGGGAUGAAAAUAAUGUGGCUAAUUUAGAGGUAUGUAAAUAAUGUGACUAAUGCAGAGGGGUGUAAAUAAUGUGGCUAAUAUAGAGGGAUGUAAAUAAUGUGGCUAUUGUAGAGGAAUGUAAAUAAUGUGGCUAAUGUAGAGGGAUGAAAAUAAUGUUGCUAAUGUAGAGGGAUGUAAAUAAUAUGGCAAAUGUUGAGGUAUGUAAAUAAUGUGGCUAAUGUAGAUAGGUGAAAUAAAGUGGCUAAUAUAGAGGGAUGAAAAUAAUGUGGCUAAUUUGGAGGUAUGAAAAUAAUGUGACUAAUGUAGAGGGGUGUAAAUAAUGUGGCUAAUGUGGGGCGAUGUAAAUUAUAUGGCUAAUGUGAGGGAUGUAAAUAAUGUUGAUAAUAUAGAGUGGUGUAAAUAAUGUGGCUAAUGUACUAGGAUAUCAAUAAUGUGGCUAAUGUUGAAGAGUGUAAAUAUUGUUGCUAAUGUAAAGGAGUGUAAAUAAUGUGGCUAAUGUAAAGGGAUAUAAAUAAUGUUGCUAAUGUAGAGGGCUGUAAAUAAUGUUAGCUAAUGAAAUGGGAUGUAAAUAUUAUGGCUAGUGUAUAGGGAUGUAAAUAAUGUGGCUAAUGUACUGGGAUGUAAAUAAUGUGGAUCAUAUACCAGGUUGAAUAUAUGAUGUGCUCCAUACCAUUAAUUUCCUGUGUGUGCUAGAGUCAACACCUACUAUAGUAGUAGUGACAAUCUAGCACCUGGUAGUAGAUCACAUUAACCUGAGAUUAUUCUAAUACGAUUGCUAUAAUAACAGACAUUUAAAUAAAUAUAUAGUUAAGUAAUAGUGCUGCUGGAAGAGACCAGACACUCGUGAAGAUAGCUGGUGUUGGGUUUGUGAGGUUGCCAUGCAGUGUCCCACCACCCCCGGGUGUAAGAAGUGUGGUCGAUUUAUGAUCAUGGGAGAUCCUCAUGUAAACCGCACAAAGUGAAGAGGGAAGACCAGCACAUCGGUGAAGAGAUGUGAGAAAUGCACCCAAACAUCCGAAGAGAUAUUCUCCAAAAUGUCAGAGGCCACGACUAAGGUCAAGAGGAGAGAGGCGGCAAAGAAAAAGGUUAACAAGAUCGUCACUGAAAAAUCAGUUUCUACUCCAGCGCCUCCCCCAUCAUCUCCUGCUCUCACCCUGAGCCUCAUCCAACAACUUCCGAGAGAACAGCAGGAGACUUGCUUGAUUCCAAGCUGUCGAAUAAGGAUGCUAAGAUCGCGACGGUAGCUCUGGCAAAGACCACCAGAUCUUCGUCCACGGCCAUGGGCCAGGCUACACAAGAUCUACAAGCUGAGCCGCACUGCCAAGCCCACAGACCAUGGCAAGGGCAUGGGCCACGGCCCGGGUCCCGGUUACCAAACCAUGGACCAGUCACCAAGCCAGCUAACUGGCCAGCCAGCUCUAGACCAGAGAGCAAUAUUGUACGGGAGCCGCACAGGAGCCGCACGGUAUCCAUGGACAGGCCGUCCAUAGUAACCAGCCAUACCAGCCAUACCAGCCAGACACCCCAUGGGCCUGCCUCCAACGGCAUUCCAGCGGACGGAUAAGCCGUCCAGUCAGCUAUCUGUGAAGAAACCGUCCGGCACCAACGGCUACCCAGCCUACCGACCAUGUCUUACUUUUUGACCAUCCAACGGGACCCAAGCCAGCCGCACGGACUCCACGGGAUUACCAAGCCAGCCGCCCGAGCAGCCAGCCAGCCAUGAGGAUAGCCAAGGCAUGGCUGCUGUUACCCAUGGGCUACAAGCCACACAGAGACAUGUUAUAACAGAGUCAUGGUCACCGGAGGAUGACGAGCCCUAUAGGGCAGAAGCUGAAUAUGAUUAUCCACCCCCAAAGGCCAAUACCAAAGGCUACUCAGAGAGGUUUAGGAGUAUAUAGAAAACUCACCCCAACGAGAUUACAGAGAGGGCUACUCUUUUGUGGAACUUAUUGAAGAGCUUUACCACCUUAUGCCUUCACUUCGGCAACAUGUGACAGAGGAUUCACCAGCAUAUUCAUCAAACGUUACCUUGGCCCAACUAUGCGGGCAAGGUCGUAGACCAAUUAAUGGAUAACAUCCAUAGACUCAAACACGAUGAGCAUCUUCCUCUUCCAUCUAUGAAACAGAAGUUAUACAAGAUGCACAAUACUAUAAUUCCUGAUGAUUACUGUAAACAGCUUUAUUUCUGCGCUGUUAAAAUAUUGCGAAUACCACACCAAAGACAAUACUGCGACGAGAUAUUUUUGCGAGUUCCCGUGUUGAGAUGACCCCUCGAUUACCAAACAAUAGACAGCUUCUCUCCGAAGCUAGUUAAUCUGAGUUGGCCGGAAAGUUGACCAGUGUCAUGAAACCGAUUCACGCAAGAUGGCUUGUUUCCUGUGUAGACAAAAUUGCAAAGGACACUGACGCAAUCAAGCGAGGUUGGAAGAAGGCAGGAUUACUGUGAGGUAACAGUGACACUAAUUGGUCUGUUUGUGGUUCUGGUUGAUUAUUUCAACAUUUGAUGACGUGUUGCAAUGAAUAAAGUAUGUAUGUAUUAUUUAUACUUAUUUUUGCGUUUUUAAUUUUUGCGAUUGAGUCUCGUUCGCAAAACUCACAAUAAUAAAACAGUCGCAAAAAAAUGCACUGUUUACAGUAUUUCUACAAAUUAGUGCACAAUCCCGACAUGAACAUUACAUUAUCAGCAUCACAUUUCAAGGAUUUAGCAUCAGUUGCCAGAUACUCCAUGGAUAUCAGGCAUGUGUCAAUUGGUUCGUCGCCGGAAUCAGACACACCAUACCACCAUACCAUACUACAACCAUCCUAUGAAGAAAUUGCGCCGGAAAGGCUGAUGACUAUUAGGACCGAUCAAGUCGGACUAAUCCACUGCCUCCUUGACUCGGACUAAUCCACUGCCUCCUUGACUCGGUCGUUAAGAUGCAGGAAGAUUUACUAUCAUCCCAAAUCUGGACUUCCUCACAGUUACCUUGACUACAGCGACAACAGCUCCUAUCCCAGAUUAGGUCAAGGGCUGUAUCUAGCCAGACCAGGAAGUUUGUGACCUCACAACCAAUAUCAGCGACCACAACUUUCAACGGGAAACUCAGAAAUGUGAUAGAUGAAGUGAAAUAAGAUACAGCUGAGCGUUUCCAGACUUCAACCAUAGACCUUGCGGCGAGAGCUCAUGAGUCAUCACAUUCUCACAAGCGACGCUGGGACCAUAAGUCAUCUACGCCCAAACAGCCUCCUAAGAAGAAGUUUAGAACCCUCCGGGAAGGAUUCGUUCCAACUGAGGCGGUGGUACGACAAGCCACAAUCUUCCCAGGACUCUUUUCGCCAGCCAGACUACAAGAAACGGGGAUAUAAUCAUCAUGGAAGAUCAUGCGGCAGAGAGGAAGGAAACUUCUGACUUCCUUACAACCCCCUCCGAUGUUAUAGACCCUUUCGACCUGGUUACGUCUAUGGAUUGCUAUUUACGCCACACAGUGGGAGGGCCCCUUCUGUCAUACGCUGAAAAUUGGAAGCAGGUUACGCCCGACCUCUGGAUUCUAGACGUCAGGUUACAAGCUACAAGCUACGAUUCAGGAAACAUCCGAGUCUGAACAUACACUCCGAGGGUCGAAGAUUUCACCUGACCGGUGCCAAGUUAGCAGCUGCAGAAUUUGACAUCAGGAAGCUACUAAAGAAGCGAGCCAUUAGGGAACUAAAGGAGUCCAACAACACCAAAGAUUUUUACUCUCCAGUCUUUUUAGUCCCAAAGAGUGAGUGAGUGAGUGAGUAUGGUUUUACGCCGCUUUUAGCAAUAUUCCAGCAAUAUCACGGCGGGGGAUAGUCCCAAAGAAGAACACAACCGAGAUGAGGAUGCUAAUGGAUCUAAAGCCCCCAACAAGAGAUAUCUGGUGCACCCUCCAUACGGAAGUUGCGUUUGACGUUGAAAAAGGGAGAUUGGCUUAUCAGCCUAGAUGUUACAGAUGCAUAUCUUCACAUCCAAAUACACCCAUCACCUAGGAAAUAUCUAUGCUUCGCAAUCAAUGGCCUACGGUAAAAAUUCCAACUCCUACCAUUUUGGAUAGCAUAGCACCUUGGCUAUUCACCAGGAUUACAGCGCCAGUCAUCAAGUUCGUCAAUCUCCAGCUAGUCUGAAUCCAUGGUUAUCUGGACGACAUCUUAGCGGCAGACCAAGGGAAAGAUCAGCUACAUCAGAGCAUGAUAUUCUUGGUCCAGCUUAUGACUUACCUAGGUUUCAGCUAAGUCAGAGAUCACUCCGGUCCAAGACAUUAUAUACAUCAGAGCAAGAUUCCAGCUAGACAGGGGAUAUCUAUGUCCACCAGCGGAUCGAUUUGACAAGACUAUAAAGAUGAUUCAAUCAAUCUCAAGUCAACCCAGCAAGUCGCUGAGGUGGUGGAUGUCUCUGCUAGGCAACUUGACAUCUCUACAGGUUAUGACCUUCAGAGGAAGGCUGAGGCUACGUCCUCUACAGACAUGGGUCAACUCUACUCUCGAAGGGCCUAGAGUUCCAGUCUCAGUUACCUCCCACUUUGGUACAAGACCUCCAAUGGUGUAAUCACAGAGAACAUGUGAUGAGUGGCACCCCACGGACUUAUCCGAUGCCAGAAAAUCAUCUAUUCACAGACGCGUCAGAUUCGGGAUGGGGAGCUCAUAUGGACAAUCUCACAGUACAGGGAUCGUGGAGCACACGAGAGAAGACCCUUCAUAUCAAUUGCAAGGAAAUGAAGGCCAUCUAUUCACCAUCCUGGAAUGGAGAACACAGCUUCAUCUAUCAUCAGUUCUCAUAGACACGGACAACACCACAGUAGUGGCCUAUAUCCAGAAACAGGGAAGAACCAAAUCCACCUCACUGACGACGGAAACUACACAAUUGUUUGCCUUGGCAGAUUCCUUCAACUGCCGGAUGGAAGUGAGACAUAUACCCGGGAAACUGAACAUACUGGCCGACAACCACUCACGUCGGGGGAGAAUAGUGGCAACAGAAUGGACAUUACAUCCACAGAUCUUCAGCUGGAUAACCAAGCUAUGGGACAUACCACACAUAGAUCUAUUUGCCACCUGCCAGAACAACCAACUCAGACACCAGCAGCAUCAGAGGGUGUGGAGCCGGAGCCAUUUGAGCUGGGUGAGCACCUGGUGGAGGCAAGUGGGAAGCUGGUGCUGAUAGACAAGCUGCUGUGCCACCUGAAGCAGUCUGGACAUAAGGUGCUCCUGUUCUCCCAGAUGACACACAUGCUGGACAUCCUUCAGGACUACCUGGGGUAUAGAGAUUUUACAUAUGAACGUCUGGAUGGGUCAGUCCGAGGGGAAGAAAGGUUUCUCUCUGUCCGUAAUUUCAAUGAGAACGAUGAAACCUUUGUCUUUCUUCUCAGCACAAAAGCAGGUGGUCAAGGGAUCAACCUGACUGCUGCUGAUACGGUUAUCUUUGUGGACAGUGACUUCAACCCGCAGAACGACCUCCAAGCUGCUGCCAGAGCUCACAGGAUUGGACAGACAAGGCCAGUGAAGGUGAUCCGACUGAUCGGGCGCAACUCGGUGGAGGAGAUUAUUCUGGCCAGAGCUGAGCAGAAGCUGAAACUGACCGACAAGGUGAUAGAGAGUGGUCAGUUCACUGCUGGCGGGAAGCAUGUACUGUUUGCAGACAACAGACAACAGCUUCAAGAUGUCCUGAGGUUUGGUGUAGACAAGCUGCUGAAUGCUGAUGAGGAUGACAGCAGUGACAUGGACCUGGAGAAGUACUUGGGAAUCAGCAUCGAUGGGGAGUGGCAGCUGGAAGAGGAGGUGGAGGAGGAGGAGGCGCCCCAGACAGGGGAGGACAAGAUGGAUGAAGAUGCUCCGCAGAGCAUGUACGUGUUUGAAGGCACGGACUACUCUAAGGACACCACUGUUGCUGACAGAAAGGCUUUGGAAGAACUACUUGAAGUGGAGCGCAUUGUGCAGUCUGACGUUGCAUCAGGGGAGAGAACUCUACGUGUCAAGAAGGAGAAGAGCCUUGUGGGCCCACUGCCUGAUCUCCAGCGCAAACCCCGCAAACAGCUGACCCCCCAGGAGCUGGAGGAGCACAAGAGGAGGAGGAAGGAAGCGGCAGAGAAGCGUGCAAAGCUAGCCGAGGAACAAGAGAUACGACGAGCUCAGGAGCAGCGCAAGAAGAGAGAAGACCUGUGGAAGGCCAACAACUAUACGUCAUGUAAUGUAGCAUCUGACAGUGAGGAAGAAGACUCCCAGGAGGAACAUGGGGAGGAAGAGGAGGAGGAGAACGGCAGACAACGUGCUAUACAAUAUGUGAGUGGGGAUGUCACCCACCCUAGUGAUGCUGGCACCCUCAACAACAUCAUUGUCCACUGUGCAGAUGACGCUGGUCAGUGGGGACGGGGAGGCCUGUUCUCAGCCCUGUCAGCCAGGUCACCCAACCCAGAGGCCCAGUACCAGCUGGCUGGCAGGAUGAAAGAUCUGGCCCUGGGAGACUGUCACCUGGUAUGUCUGGACAACGAUACAGAGGACUGCCAUGAGUGGCUUGCUCUGCUGAUAGCCCAGCACAGAGACAAGAGGAACAAUCUCUCCGGCAUCAAAUUGUCAGCACUUCGAGUUGGAUUGGAGAAGAUCCACUCAGUAGCCAAGAAACAUAAAGCCAGUGUCCACCUACCCCGUAUUGGCCACAACACUCCUGGCUUCAACUGGUACGGCACCGAGAGACUCAUUCAGAAACACCUGGCCUCUACUGGAAUACCCACCUUUAUUUAUUACUUUCCCCGGAGACAGAAGCUGAAGCGGAAAGUUCCACCCCCAGCCAGUCCACCAUCGUCACCCCCAGUCAGUCCUUUGUCGUCACCCUCAACCAUCCCGUCCAUGUCAGCACCUGGAGAAAGACCUCUCAAAUUUCUGAAGCGACUGAGUAGUGGAGGGACAUCAGCGCGCAGCUCGUCACCGCUGCCGUCCUACUUCAUGGGCUGCUCAAUCCACCUCCAUCACAUCCCAGAUGAUGACAGCAAGUACUACAGAAGAUACAUUGUUGCAUUUGAUGGUGACGUCCAUGCCGCAGUCAGCCCAUCCACAACACAUGUGGUCAUCUCACAGGGAGCAGACAGAGAGAUUUUAAAGGGAGCUGUAUGUGCGAACCCCGAUGUAGUGAUUGUGACGAGUCAGUGGAUGGCGGACUGUCUCAACAUGGGGAGACUGCUCGAGACCGAUACAUACCAGAUACUACUGGAGUAAACACUGUCUUUGGGUUGUCAGGAACCAUAAUCGAUGUCAGGACUAUUGAGUACUGUAAAUAGGAUGUGCAGGUAGUAUUGUUGUAGAGGUAUUAAGUUAGAUAUUGAACUCAGGUACGACUCUCUUGCGUCACAAGAAUUAAAACAUAGUUCUGUAGAGUAGGCUAUUGUUCCCAGCUUGUGAAGUUCAAUACUACCAGUACCUGUACCAUUUAGAUGCAAAUUACAAUCAAACCCCUGAAAGUGCAGUGGAACAUCAUCGGGACCAAUCAUUCAUAUUUCAAUGACAAAUAGAACGUUGCACUUUCUAAAACUCAAAGAUUAUGUAAGAAGUUCUAUUUAUAUUAUUCUAUUAGCAAAAUUAUUUGACCACUUCUUGACUGUGCUCUGCUGGUGAUUCCGGCAGAUCCCCAGUAUUCCUGCUUGUCGUAAGAUCCAAUUUGAGAUGAGGAUUGGCUGACCUGGCUGACUGUACCCAAACAGUUGGCAUUGUUGCUCAUGCUACUCACCACUGUGUGACAGCCGCAGAUUCCAUUAUGUAAGAGUUGAACCCAUUCUCUUUGAGGUAAGUCGGGCAAUAGACCCACAUGGUCGUCUGACGCCUGAUUUAGUGUGAUUAGUGUGAUCUGUAAUUGGUUUGUCUUCACAUUCUGCUGUGAUAUUGCCGAAGGGGGAGUAAAGUCUCAAUCAUGUUCAGUUUUGCUUACCAUGGAAUAAAGUUCAGAUAAUGGUUUCUCCUUCCAUAGUUCUGCUGAAAACACCUACAGUAUGUGAGGCAGACUCUUGCAUAAUACAGAGUACUGAUGAAGAAAUACUUAAAACAUGUCUUACUGUGAUAGAAACAUUGAGUGAGUGUUAUGUUAUGAAGACAUAAAUGAUCAAAUGCCCGUGUGUAUUGACAAUUGUUUGUUUAUUGCGACUUUGAUAUGUAGUUAGAAUCUAGAAUUGUUGUGUGUUAGUAUUCAUAUUAAAAUCAUCUUUCCACUGAUCGACAAGUGAAAGAAUAGAUAUGAUAUUGUCCCUGUUGGCCCACUGGAAAUGGCAAGGAAAACUUUGAAAUACCAGAUUAGGCUCUCUUUAUUUCCAUCACUUCCUGGUGUCAAAACUCCUGACAUGAUUAACUGUUGCUAAAAUGAUUUGAAAACACGGUUUUUUCCAGAUUUCAAAAGAAAAUCUUAACAUGAGCAAGUCGGUGACCCAAAAUAUAACUUUGCCAUAUGUUACUGUCUGUAUCUACAGCUUCAGUCAAGUCUUGCACAUGUUCAAAAACUAGAAAGACCUUCCCGAAAACCUCUAAAAUGAAAGUUUUUAAAACUUUUUAGCCAUACCUAUACAUCUUGGGUCCAAAACUUGAUAUAAGUGAAGUGAACAAAGUAAUUGAUAUUUCUAUUUGGAAAUAGACAAUACUUAUGAUGACUCUUCUUUAAUGUGCAAAUACAGGUAUAUAAAGACAUGGUUCAAAUGAACAAUAGUUUGCAGGUGAGGUGUGCUGAUUCUCAAGGAAUUUCUCAAGUAAACAUUGAAAACAAUCUGUGCUAUGCCUUUUUGAAGUUUGUCAUACAUAUUGGUGUUUAUACCACAUGAAGACUUUCAAUCUGAUUUCUCUCCAUUGCAUCUUUUAUAUACAUGUAGUGUUGUUUUAAGAUGUGUGCUUUUUAUGAAUAAAUAAUUACUUAUCA